AUGUUCCAGGUUCACAAGCGAUCUCUUUCCCAAAGCCUUGCUGACACAGCCGUUCUAGCAGCAGGACAUGCCCUGGAUAAUUUGCAGGAUUGGUUUGAAAAACCUAGCAAAGAGAAACAGAAAUUAGAUCGAACCGUCUCUCACAAGGAACCGCUAGAAACCGAGGAGCCAUGUGUACGCAAGUCAUUUAUACUGGAUCUGUUGAACAAGAGCUCCGUUCCACGUGAUCCAUUGAUAUCGCCAAUGUAUGCAACCGAUGAAGUCAUUCGACAAUUACCACCGGUUUACUUUGUGGCAUGUCAUCUGGAUCCACUGCUGGACGACACAAUCGCUUUCGCUCAACGGGUUCAAGCAGCCGGCGGCCGAGUGGCGUCUAUGGAUCUGCUGCCAGCUGUUCCACAUGGUUUCCUGAACUUCACCUUGAUGUCCCCAGAAUGUCGUCGUGGUGCAAAGAUCUGCUUACAACGAAUCAAGGAAGCACUCGGUUAUGUGGAGAAUUCAGUGAUUUAG